AUGGGCCUGGAUAAACGGUGCAAUGCGAGUGCAAGUGUAAUGUGGAGGGUCCAGGGUCGUUAUUUAGCUGCGCUGGAGACCCAUCCUUCAGUCAGAGGAGUUGUCCACCAGCUAGCUAUUCCGGAACAGAUUAAGGGUAGGAAAUAA